AGUCUGAUAGGAAAUUAAAAUACUAAAGUAACCUAAAAUAUCAGCAUCAAAGAUGGAAAAAGCUCCUGAAACACCGACAUCUUCAACGGCACGGAGAUCUCAGAAGCGUCCUCAUUCCCCGCAGGAUGAAAGGAGCCUCCCUGCAGAUACUAAAUCACAAACCGCAGAUCCUGGGGGAAGCAUUCUGGAGUCUGAAACUAAAACUAACAAAUUACUGAGGCUUCUUGGUGGAAAAAAGAGAAAGAAUGAGACAGCAGCGAGCAAAUGGCUAGAGCGAGUUCGUUCACGCGAAGAUGAAUUAAAAGUUUCAACUGAACUUGAAAGUCAAUUUAAUGAAUCGUUGACGCAUAAACUAACCGGCCAAUCACGGCGCCACGUUGGCAUCGGAUUUCAUGAAGAAACAUCACCACCUGUACUUGAAAAAACAGAAUCACAUUCUGGGAAUGCAAAUAAUAAUACUAAAGAGGGAGAAAUAAUUUCGAAACUGAGUGAAAGCAGUGAUUCCCAUGGGGCCAGUGGGUCCAUAUCAAAGCCGGAUUCAGCUCCGAAAGGAAUACUAGAUUCUUUAUCUGGGAGAGCAAAGAGACCGGGUAUAUAUGUUAGACAUAGUGUGCCUCGACCGCAGGAAUCCGCUAGCUCCGUGGGCACCAAAGAAAGUCAGAAAUAUCCUUCUUUAAAUCCACCAGAGGGAGCCAGUGUACAAGGCAGAUAUCAGCCUGAAAAUACAGGAAAUCCGAAGCAUGAAAAUUCAUCAAAAUCAGGUUAUCCAAAUUCACAGACUGGCAAUGUUCAAAAUUCUGGCUCUCUAGCUCCGCCAUCUUAUAGUUACGGACAAACCCCAAGAUCUAACUUAUCAGCGCCACCUAGAGGGUAUGGCACCAAUUAUAGCUCUAUGGUUCCCUCUGGAGGUUUUGGACAAAACCAAGGUUUUAAUUCUGGAACACAUUCUCAAGGAUACAGAUCAGUUGAGCAAUUUGUUCCUUCUAAACCACGAGACGUCACUGAGAAACCAAAUCCAGUUCCAAAAUCAAAAAGUGCUUUUUAUUCUCAAUUUAAAAAAGCGUCAUGAUAUUCUGAAUGAUCUUAAAAUUGAAUUCAUGCAUAAUAUGGUGCCAAUCAAUCUAUGUGCCUAUUUCAUGAAAGGGGUCAGAUGAGACUUUACUGCGGUCCAUCAUAUCGCUGCUGUAAAAUCAAAUUAGCUCAUGUCACUCUUUGUGGUUUUUCGCAUUUCACAAUAUUGUGCUUUUCAGAUCUGUAUGGCCUAACCUAAGAAUGAACAUAACGCAAAGCCAAAAAACGGAACAAAACUGGUGUAGCUUUGAAACUCACACCAAAAGAUGGUUCAUGAUGACAUGAUAAGACUAAAAAAGUCCAUUUCUUAAAAAUAUAACAUAAACUACUUUUGUUUUCUGUGGCGAUAAGAAAUAUUCACACCAACUGCCGGGCUUGGACGGUUAUAAGACACACGGUCAUGACUCGAAUAUUUAAAAGAACCGAUUGGUGCCAUUUUUUUUUGGUGAAUGAUGCUAAAGUGCAGAAAACUAGCAAUGUUUAUUUAUUAGUUUCCCAUCUCAUCUUGUUGUAUUCAAUAAUUGCUUGUUUAAAGAUGCCCUGGUUUGAAUUUAUUGGACAAGAUUUUUUGAAUUUGUGUAGGUUUGUUCAAGUUCAAGAACAAAACUCACAUUUAUGUUCGCAAUCUUAUUGUGAUCCCUGCUGUACUACCCUAUGACUAUCCCUUGUGUCCCUUUGCCAUCUAUUGGCAAUAGUAGGACUGGGUAGAUUUCUCAAACCCUAAGUCAAGACAAGUCAAUCACCGAAUUAAUUAAGUCUCACUGGCGAUUAGCUGAAUACGAAUCAGAGUGAUUUCAUUUAGAUGACUUGAGUUCCUUUUAGUUUUUGACAAAUGGUGACUUGUGUCGUGUCUCCCUAAUGGGUAAUUUUUCUACAAUCUCCACAUACCGUAUAUCCUCCAU